CAACGAACUAUCCAUUUGAGAGAGAGAGAGACACACACAAGAGAAAAUGGAGAUAGCGGAGGCAGCUGCGGAGACGACGACGACGAUGAUGACAACGACAACGGUGAUAGUUGAGAAGAAUAAUAAUCAUAACAAUAAUGAGCCAACGGACGCGAUGACAAAGCUGUCGAAGCUGUUUUGGCAUGGGGGUUCAGUUUAUGAUGCUUGGUUCAGCUGUGCUUCAAACCAGGUUGCUCAAGUUCUUCUUACAUUGCCAUAUUCAUUUUCUCAAGUGGGAAUGGUUUCUGGAAUUGUUCUUCAACUGUUGUAUGGAUUGAUGGGAAGUUGGACAGCUUAUCUUAUUACUUCACUUUAUCUUGAAUAUAGACUAAGGAAACAGACUCAAAAACCUCAUUACUUUACGAAUCAUGUCAUUCAGUGGUUUGAGGUUCUAGAGGGGCUACUAGGGAGGCGAUGGAGGAACGUGGGACUAGUGUUCAAUUGCACGUUUCUGUUAUUUGGGUCGGUGAUACAACUAAUAGCAUGUGCGAGCAACAUAUAUUACAUAAAUGAGAAGAUUGAGAAGAGGACAUGGACAUACAUAUUUGGAGCAUGCUGUGCAACAACAGUGUUCGUUCCUUCUUUUCACAAUUACAGAAUUUGGUCUUUUUUGGGUCUUGCAAUGACCACUUACACUGCUUGGUAUCUUGCCAUUGCUUCCUUCCUUCAUGGCCAGGUUGAAGGAGUGAAACACUCGGGUCCGACCAAGAUGGUCCUAUACUUCACGGGGGCCACUAACAUUCUGUACACAUUUGGGGGACAUGCCGUCACUGUAGAAAUUAUGGAUGCAAUGUGGAAGCCAGAGAAAUUCAAAGGGAUAUAUUUGAUGGCUACGGUUUAUGUAUUGACAUUGACACUUCCAUCAGCGGCGGCUGUUUAUUGGGCAUUUGGAGAUUUGCUUCUUAAUCAUUCUAAUGCCUUUGCUCUUCUCCCAAAAUCUACCUUUAGGGAUUUGGCUGUUGUUUUAAUGCUCAUUCAUCAGUUCAUAACAUUCGGGUUCGCAUGCACACCAUUAUAUUUUGUAUGGGAGAAAGCAAUAGGGAUGCACAAAUGCAAGAGCUUAUGCAAACGAGCCGCAGCUAGAUUGCCCGUCGUCGUUCCCAUAUGGUUUUUGGCCAUUGUUUUUCCUUUCUUCGGCCCCAUCAACUCUGCCGUGGGUUCACUCCUCGUUAGCUUCACCGUCUACAUCAUCCCUGCCCUUGCUCAUAUGUUCACCUUCAAAUCCCCUGCUGCUAGAGAGAAUGCUGUGGAGCAACCACCUAAAUUUGUGGGCAGGUGGGUGGGGACGUAUACGAUUAAUGUGUUUGUAGUGGUGUGGGUCUUGGUUGUAGGGUUUGGGUUUGGUGGGUGGGCGAGUAUGACGAACUUCAUACGACAGAUUGAUAAUUUUGGCCUCUUUGCCAAGUGUUAUCAAUGCCCACCUCCUUUGCCUUCGCAGCAACAUAACUUCACGGUGGCGCCGCCUCCGCUUCACCACCACCACCACUGACCGUUGUCUUCUUAUCGUUUCGUUUUUCUUUUCCCCCUUUUUUGAUGAUGAGAACAAUAGAAUGAUUAAACGAUUAUUUUUCGUUUUAUGGAAAUUUAACAAAAUUUGGUAAGAACUAUAGUGUAAACUAAUGUCUUUUUUUUGGAGUAGUGUGGUUUAAGGAGUUAUGACGAAGUUAUUUGUAAGAACCGAUGAUAUGAUGAAAUGAUACUGAAUUGAAUUAUAUUCCUAUUGAAGAAA